AUGCCAGCCCCUUACGACCGAUCCCCACCUGCUCACCUCAAGAACCGCUCCAACGCCGACACGAGCAUGUCCUCUCGCUACCCAUCUGAUGCAGGACGUUCGAACCGACCGCACGAUCGGGAGCGCUCCCCACCUCCUGCUCGAAGGAGAGAUGAAUAUGAGCAGCGGGAGAGGUAUAAGGGUGAUGAUAGGAGGGAUGAUAGAAGAGAAGCCAAUGGUCGAUCCUAUGGCCGGGAUGCCACGAGGCAGAGUCCACCACCAAGAACAAGGGACUCUGAUCGCGACGACCGACAUGCGGACCUGGACAGCUCCCGACGACGGUCCCCUCCUUCCUCCUCCAGACGGUCUCGGUCUAGAUCGCCCCCACGUACCACCCGCUCCGUCGCACCACCAGAUACUAAGCCCGACUGGGGAGCCCGACGCCGUUCCCGUUCCCGUUCUCGCUCUCGUUCUCCCGGAAGACCCAGUCGUGCUCUCGCAAGUCAAGCCGAACAAAUGCGUAAAGAUGGGGUUGAACCUUCUUCUCGGCGUGGAGGAGGAGGAGGCGACGAAGGAGCGGUGGAGAAGGUCAAAGUUGUCGAACCGAACUUUGCGAAUUCGGGGGCGUUGGCGGCGGAGACAAAGUCAGUAGGCGAACCUCAGAUUGCUCCCAUCUCCUUCACGGCUGACCUCUUCGCUGUCGUUCACGACGCAGUACCCUCCGAGGCGUCGUCCUCAAAUACAACGAACCCCCCGAAGCGAGGAAACCCGUACGGUCGUGGAGGCUGUACGUCUUCAAGGGCAAGGAACAAUUGGGUACGUUUCCUCGUUUGGCCCCAAGGGGAAGAUCAGACCAUAGGUGAAAGACUCUUUUUGACUUUUCCGACUUUUCUCCUUUGCAUUAUUGGUCAAACGAACAGACCUCAUUCUGGUCCAUCGCCAAUCCGCAUACUUGUUCGGAAGGGAUAGGAUAGUGCGUAUCUUUCUCCACCCACCCGACGACCCCACCUGACCCACCUGCCUCCCCACCCCCCAGGUCGCCGACAUCCCAAUCGACCACCCUUCCGCUUCGAAACAACAUGCCGUAUUACAAUACCGACAAGUACACGAAACGAACGAAUUUGGCGAUACCAAAUCGGUCGUCAAGUACGUUCAAAAAAAGUUCUUUGAAACCUUUACGGGAGAUGAAAAAGGAAAAGGGAGAAAGCUGAUCUUCAUCUCCCUCCUGGCGUUUGCCUACUAGACCGUUCAUUAUAGACCUCGAUUCCGCGAACGGGACUUUGGUCAAUGAUGAGAUGGUCCCCAAGCAGAGGUUUUACGAGUUGAAAACGGGCGACGGUCAGUCCUGAUUCAAGAAGGUUUGAAGGGUCUUGCUGAGGAUCGAGUGCUGAUUGUGGGGGCGUUUUUCAACACCGUGCCAGUGCUCAAGUUUGCGUUCUCGCAAAGGGAUUACGUCUUGUUGGCCGAAUGA